UCCUUUUCAAUUAUCAAUCCAUAUCAUAUAUACACACCUUUUCUCUACAUACUAUUUUCCUCUAGCUUUUCAAAGAGAAACUAUACAAUUUGUUCAAAGAUGAGCCAAUACAGCCAAAACCAAUCUGCAGGAGCUUAUACUUCGCCGCCAGUGUCUACCGGUCCCUACGUGGCACCGCCACCUCCUCUAGGUUACCCUACAAACGACACAAGUUAUGCAACGGCGGCUCCGGUCGAGACAAAGACCAAGGGUGAUGGAUUCUUGAAAGGCUGUCUUGCGGCCAUGUGUUGCUGUUGCGUCCUCGACGCCUGCUUCUGAGCUCGGAGGGCUUUGAUGGUGUUUAUUUGAUUGUUUUAUGCAAAUUAUCUAUGAUUGUAUUUUGCUUUUACCCAAAUUUGUAUUUUGGGGUUCGAGAUUAGCUAGCUUUUGUCUUUUGAUAUUUGGUAUAUCUAUUUGUUAAUUCAUUUUCUUAAUUAUUACUCUUUGGUUUGAAUUGCGGAAUUUAUUAUCUUAAUAUAUCAAUCUUAUUAGUUUUUA